GUUCAUGCGACUGUUGCCGAUGUGAAUGGAACAGAGUCUGAGAUGUUCAAAAAUAUAAUCAAUCAUGGCUUUUUGAAUUUUACUGGUAUAACGUCUUUAUUAAGAUCGGUAGACAUAUUUGUUGGUCUUGGAUUUCCUUUCGAAGGCCCCGCUCCAUUAGAAGCGAUCGCAAAUGGCGCUAUAUUCAUAAAUCCGAAAUUCAAACUCGUGCUUAACGAUUUCUUGCAGUUUACCAGCCAGUUACCGUACAUUGAACGAUUGGGCAAGCCUUAUGUGUACACAGUCGACGUCAACGAUACAAAGGCUUUAGCAGAAGCGAUAAGAAGUGCACUAAAGGAAAAACCACGACCAUAUCUGCCCGAAGAGUUUACGCCGGAAGGGAUGUUGAUUAGAGUAAACAUGUUGUUAUCACGAGAUCUAUGCUCAACG